AUGCUACACACAAUGACUUAUUUGGAAAUAUUCAAGGCUGUUAAUGUCUAUCAGCAAGCUCCAGAUGUUGAUACAUUUCAAUUUAACCCCCAGCUCAAAAGUCUGACAUUAUCAAACACCGAUAUGUCUGAUUUGAAACCUGAGCUUUUUCGACCAAUCCAAAACCUGCAGAGCUUAGAUCUUUCUGACUCGAAGCUGAGGUCUCUAAAUUUUCUGGCGCAUGCUAAUCUUUCUGCACUCAGAUAUCUGAAACUGACCAACAAUGAGAUUCUUACAAUCAAUGAGACUUUCUUCACUUCUCUCCCCUCUCUAACAUACUUGGACUUGAGCAAUAACCAGUUCACCUGUGACUGCUCAAAUGCACUUUUUAUUAUAUGGGUAAAGGACAACAAGCAAACACAGGUAGUAAAUGCUCAUCAGUAUGAAUGCUCCUUUCCUCCAAAUAAACAAGGCACAUUGUUGCUAGAUUUUCAGGUUCAAUCAUGCUGGGAGGACCCCGGCUUUUUCUGCUUCAUCUUCAGCACUUGUCUCGUUGUUCUAACUCUCCUUGCAUCCUUGCUCUACCGCUUCCUGAGGCAGCGACUGAUCUACACAUUUCAACGCUUCCUGGCCUUCCUCUACGACACCAGGAAGAGAACGAAUAGAGACUCUUAUCAAUACGAUGCCUUUGUGUCUUACAAUGCUCACAAUGAGGAAUGGGUUUACAAAGAGAUGCUUCCGGUGUUGGAGGGAGAGCAGGGCUGGAAACUUUGUCUACAUCAUAGAGACUUCCAACCAGGUAAACCUAUCAUAGAAAACAUCACAGAUGCAAUCUAUGGCAGCAGGAAGACCAUCUGUGUGAUCAGCCGCCACUACCUCAAGAGUGAAUGGUGCUCAAGUGAGAUUCAAAUGGCAAGUUUUCGACUGUUUGAUGAGCAGAAGAAUGUGCUGAUCCUGCUGUUUUUGGAGGACAUCCCUUCUAAUCAUCUGUCUCUGUAUUAUGGUGUGAGACAGCUGGUAAAGAAAUGCACCUACCUAAGCUGGCCUAAGACUGUGCAGCACCCAGGAGUCUUCUGGCAGAACGUCAUGAGAGCGCUGCAAGCAGGGGACAGGGUUACCUAGGGCUCAGAUUUGCUGAGUAGA